UGUCAAUUUUAUCUCAAACUUCAAAGUUUGUUUCGUGUUUUUCGACUUGCCCGGUGUAGCUACAAAUUCGGUGAGCUAAAUACAACGACAAAAUGAUAACUGACAUUCAGCUAGCAGUCUUUUCCAACAUUUUGGGAGUUUCAAUUUUCCUACUGGUGAUAUUAUACCACUACAUCAGUGCCAACAGUUCAAAAUGAGUAACUAUGAGUAUGAAGUAAUAAUAUUAUUAAGGUCAAAAUAAUUGUCUUUACACAGUUUAUUUCAAAAAACUUUAUAUUAUAAGUUAAGAUGUAAAUAAAUGAUACAAUUUUAA